GCUUAUUUUUGUUUUCCUGGGAUACAGAAAAUAGUCCUGCCACAUUCCCCCCCACCCCCGGAGGAAUCGAAGAAGAAGCGGACGGAGCAAGUCGUGUAUGAAAACUAAUUGCGCGCAUGACUGCGCAUACUAUUGGAGGAGACUGCGUGCGUUUCUGUGUCUUUGCAUGGGUGGGAUUCCUCCAUCGCCUCUGAGACAUUGGGAACUUAUGGAAAGCAAUCGCUCCGGAUAUGAGCUGAAACAGGAGCGUUGGUUUGCAGGGCUGCGAUCAGAAGCAGAACACUAUAGUGUUUAAAUAGAGUUUUCUUUAAGGCUCCGGUUUGACGCACACGGCUUUCUCUUUUUCAGGAUAACUCGCUUCGAAAAGAGCUGCAGUUCUCCAUCCGGACACCAUCUCCUCUUUCUCUCGCUUUCUAUCUUCACUGCAAUACAUAAGGGGUCUGAGGUUUAUAGAGAAUGUAACCCGCCUUGCUUUUUUUUUUUUCUGGAAUAUUUGUAUUAUAAAACAAUCCAGAGAGACUUUGCGCGACCAAGCAUCUCCAGCUCUUCAACCUCGGACUAUCCCGAGGUUUUUUUUUUUUUCAUCUUUGGAUUUCGCGGAUUUCAUCUUUGCAUCUUCAGUCUUUAAUACUCAAUCGGGAUCCUACUGGGAUUUUAGGCGGGGUUUCUCAUCCUAACAGACUGCCCUGAAGUGAAGGGGGUGAGGCGUAUCCACCACUGGCGAGGUUUUGAGUUUAUUUUUUCAAGAAUUCAAGUCCUUGGCUUCAUCCUGACAGCUGCUUAAUCAGGAGGCUGAUGCUGAAUGUGUGAUGGAGACCAGGGCUUGAUAUUUGCGCCUGGAAGAUAAUCACCAAUGGACCGGCUGGUUCUGUGCGUGCUGCUGUGUGCAGCUCUGGCUAAAGGCUACAGCUGCCCUGGUCGCUGCAUCUGCCAGCAUCUCUCUCCCACUCUGACUCUGCUUUGUGCAAAGACUGGGUUGCUAUUUGUGCCCCCCACCAUUGACCGCAAGACCGUUGAGCUGCGACUAACAGACAACUUCAUCACUAUCAUCCGUAAGAAAGACUUUCUUAAUAUGACAAGCUUGGUCCAUCUCACCUUAUCUCGCAACACAAUCAGCCAGAUCGUCCCUCAUGCCUUUCUAGGCCUGCGCUCCCUAAGGGCACUCCACAUGGAUGGGAAUCGGCUCAGCGUCAUAAAGAGUGAUCAUUUCAAAGGCCUUUCCAACCUGCGGCACCUUAUUCUGGGAAACAACCAGAUCCACCAAGUGGCCCCAACCUCAUUUGAUGCAUUUGUUUUUACCAUUGAGGAUCUGGAUCUUUCAAACAACAACCUGCGCAGCCUUCCCUGGGAAGCCAUAGCCAGAAUGACCAAUAUUAACACACUCACCUUGGACCACAACCUGAUUGACCACAUUGAAGCAGGGACUUUCACUCUGCUCACUAAGCUGGUCCGCCUGGACAUGACCUCUAACCGCCUACAGAAGCUGCCGCCAGACAGCUUGUUCCAGCAUGCUCAGGUCCUUUCAGAUGCCAAGGGCUCCAGCUCGGCCUCCCUGGCUGUGAGCUUUGGUGGGAAUCCUCUACAUUGCAACUGCGAGCUGCUGUGGCUUCGUAGACUGACGCGGGAAGACGAUUUAGAGACCUGUGCCUCGCCAGAACACCUCAUGGACAAAUAUUUCUGGUCUAUACAAGAGGAGGAGUUUAUUUGUGAGCCCCCGCUAAUCACCAAGUCUUAUGCCUCUAAGCCCUAUGUGAUGGAAGGGCAAGGUGUGACUUUAAAGUGCAAAGCCAUGGGGGAUCCAGACCCAGACAUUCACUGGAGGUCACCAGAUGGCAAGCUGGUGCAUAACAACUCCCGCACUAUCCUGUAUGAUAAUGGCACCCUUGAUAUUCUCAUCACCACGCUGAAGGACAGUGGGUCAUUUAACUGUGUGGCGUCUAAUGCUGCUGGUAUUGCCACAGCUGCUGUUGAGAUCAGCAUGAUCCCGUUACCCUUGUUUGUUAACAACACAGGUCACAUGCGUGAGGACCCCGGCCUUUCUGAUAUCACCACCUCCUCUAAAGCCGGCAAUGACACAAAAGGCUACGACAAGCAGGACAGAAGGGUGCUGGUGACAGAGCUGACCUCUUCCUCGGCCAUGAUCCGCUGGCCGUCCGAACGCCACAUCCCAGGGAUCAGGAUGUACCAGAUUCAGUACAACAGCACAGCAGAUGAUACUUUGGUGUACAGAAUGAUACCAUCUACCAGCAAAAACUUCCUCAUCAACGAUCUGGCUGCAGGACGGGAGUAUGACCUUUGUGUCCUGGCCGUGUAUGACGACGGCAUCACGUCGCUGACUGCCAUUCGUGUUGUUGGCUGUGUGCAGUUCCACACAGCCAAUGAGGUCAGCCAGUGCCGGUUUGAGCCCAGCCAGUUUCUGGGAGGCACCAUGAUCAUUAUUAUUGGUGGCAUCAUUGUUGCUUCGGUUCUGGUGUUCAUUAUUAUCUUAAUGAUCCGCUACAAGGCCUAUAGUAGCCCUGUUGAGGGCAAGGCUAUGGUAAGCUCCACCACGCACUCGCAAACAAAUGGCAGUCAGCAGCGGCUGCAGCGAUCAGCUUCCAAGCAGCCAUCCGAAGAGGAUCAGUGUGAUGAUCCAGCCCCAAAAGAGUGCAUGGCUCUGGUGCUCAUGGUGGACAGCGAGAAGAAGGAGGAUCUGGCUGCCUCUACUGCUGUCCUUGAGGUGGAGUUGCCUCCAAAUGUGGAUAAGAUGAAGAGAAGGAGCAGCAUGGACGCUCAGCGCUCUGGGCCGCCAUCUGAGGAGACGCAGACAGACAGUAGCCUCACAGGCUCCACCAUGUCCCUCUGUCUCAUAGGCUCUAAUGCGGGCACUAAAGAGGCUCCCAGGCUUAAGGACAAGAAAAGUGCUCUGGCCAGUGUAGGGUUACUCCCCAAUGAGCUGGCACGAACUAGGCACAGAUUCUCUUUUGAUGGUGGGGAUUAUUCCAUAUUUCAGAGUCACAGUUACCCGCGCAGAGCGAGGACGAGGUGGCAUAGGUCCACCAACCAACUCGACAUGGAAUCAUCGCCCCUUGCCAACAGGAGAGUUACAUUCAGCAGCACUGAGUGGAUGCUAGAGAGCACCGUCUAAGGAAAGCAGUGUAGCAAAAAAUUAAAAAAAGCUUCAAAAGGCACGAACGUUCAUGUAAAAACGCAAAACGUCUACAUGCCAUACAGCACAAUGAAUAAAAACAAGCACAUUUCUAUACUCAUGCUGACUUCCUGUGAGUUGCUGGAGAAGAACAGCCUCCCAUCAUUCUGCUUCCCCAUCGUGCUCCCAGAGAGGUUUAUUUGGGCCAUUUCUCUUCUGUUUUUUGUUUGUUUGUUUUGCAGCGGUGCCUUAUUCUAUAAAUGUAUGAAUGGAGGAUGCUGCUCACUGUAGUCAAAAACCUUCCUUUCCGUCAUCGUCGCCCACUCUGAUCACGGUGGGAAGUGUUAUUUUUCCUUUUCGGUUUUCACUGUUUUCUGUGGCACACCAAGGGGGGGGGGUGGGAGUGUGGCAUUUGGAUGUGACUGUUUAAUUGUUACAAAAAGAUAAAAGGAAAAAAAAAAAAAUCUUCAUCAAGCAGUAACUUGUAAAGUGAACAGCCAGGUACCCUGUUAUGUCAAUCAUAUUUUUUUUUUUUCAAAGAAAAAAAACUUUUGCACAGAAGACACGAGAUACAAGGACAAGUAUCAAAACCAGUCUAUACAAUAUUAAUAACAAAAAAAGCUGAAUUUUUGAAAGCUGAUUUCUAAUGUAAGUGGAUAAAAAGGGUGAUGUUAAAACCUGCCAUGGGAGCCAGACUGUGCUAUGUUGAAUAGGUAUUGUUCCAGAUGUGACUGUAUAUUCAUUGGUACUGUAUCUGGCUGGUCUAGAUAAAAGACGACAAAAAAAAAAAAGACAUAUAUAAGUAUAUUAAAACAUCGAUGUAUGUGUACUAACUAUGUAAAGUAAAUAAGUCAUAUGUCACAUGACUUUUUACAAAGCAUUUGGGUGUUGGCUGCAAGUUUUUACAUUAAAAACCUGUGUCAUUACACCACUCAGUAUUUAGUAUGUCCAAGUUUGAACCAUUUAUCCCCUCAAGAAGGGAAUAAAAAUUUUUUGUGUGGGUAA